GUGCUUGGUGUGGCAGAAGCGACGACUUCCUCCUCUAACAAGCCUCGAGAUGAGCCUUCUCCUGGAGUCUAAACAAACACCCGGACUGUAAGAAGAGGACUUUAUCCCCGACGGAUCAUCAGCGACAAUAAAAAAGACUUUAUUGGUCACACACUGCGCUUCUACUUGGGUGGAAAACGCCGUAAAUCAAGCCAGGAGGAUCAAGUCCAAGUGGAAGACGAAUGGUUUGGGCAUGGUGCCCACGCCCCAGGUGUGCGUAUCAACCCUGGUCACAGUGAGCACGAUGGCAGUGGUCGACCUCUACCUGCUGGAGCAGAGCAUGCUGGGAGCUCGUGGUCCUCCAGGGCCAAGUGUGUGGCAAUGUGCCGUGGUGUUGCUAGGCGAUCUGGGCUUCCUGCUUGCGCUGCGCUUCGUGUCAGCCGGCGUGGUGUCGGAGGCGAGGUCGCCACGCCGCGGUUUUGCCAACGCGCUCUGGUUCCUCUUCCUGUCGCUGCUCCAGCUCAAGCUCUUCUUCGUCUGCCAUAACUACAGGCAGGAGCGCCGCCCCCCCGACCCGCUGGCGAGGAAGACGCUGACGUUGCUGCUGUCCAUCUGCCUGCCCUCCCUGUUCCUCAUCCUGACGGGAGCCGACCACAUGACCCCACAGCGCAGGAAGCAGGAGGUGCGGGGCCGGCUCCUGUGGGUGGUGGUGGACCUGCUGGAUGUGCUGGACCUACAGGCUGGGCUGUGGGAGGCCCAGGGCGGGGCUACAGCAGGAGGAGUUGUUGAGCAGAGGCUGCCCAUCUGGGCCGAGGGCCUUGUCUUCUUCUACUGCUACGCCCUCCUGCUGCUGCUGCCGUGUGUGGCUCUAACCGAGCUGGGGGCCACGGGCCUGCCGGGACAAAGGGGGCCCCGUAAGGAGGCUUUGUACCCGUGGCUUAGCUUGGUCACUAUCAACAUCUUCACCCUGGCCCUGAGGGGCACAGGAAUGCUGUGGUACAGGGACCCCCGCGUGUCCACCGUGUUCCUGGGGAAGAACCUGCUGGCUCUGGCUGUGAAGCUGAGCUCGGCUUGGGAGAAACACAAGCAGAAGCGCGGAGCUGCCGGAGCGGGGACUGUGGCUGGAGCAGAACAAGGAGACCCGGCCCUGCCGAGCCAGGGCUCAGAGCAGGGAGAGGACCCGGCUCAGGGGAAAGCCCCCCCCUCUCACUAUCACACACUUUCUCGCUCCCAAAGUCACAAUCUGUCUCAUGCCAGCCUGGAGCCCGCAGAGACGCCCUUAGGACCCUCUUUCAUCUCCCAUGAACUCUAGAGAGUAUCUAAACAUGCACGCAUGCACACAAAAUAUGAUCACACUCAGACUUAAACUCUGACCAGCAGAGCGAGUAUCACAGCCUAACAGAUACAUCGUUUUGAAUUUCAGUGCAACAUUGAUGGGUGUAAUGCCAAGCUGUGGAAAUGCAUUUGGCAAGCUUGGAUUUCUGCACAUUUUGUUGUGCUAAUAAUAACUAAAAAUACAUUGCUGGGAUUUGUGGGAGUGUAUUUUUAAAUUGAACACUGUGAACAUUAUGUGAAUAUUCCAGAAAUAUUUGUUGAAGUCUGCCUCUUCCCUUCUUUAAUCUCGGCACAGCAGCCGAAACUGCCACAGAUGUGUUGAAUUUGUUGCUCUCCAUCUACAGCUUUUCAUCCGUGAUUUACUCUUUUGUUAAACACAAGUUGAAGUCAUGUUGCUUGUCAGAAAAAUUACAUCUUUCUACCAUUAGAUGCCAGAAUAGAGAACCUGACCUUUAGUCUACAUUUUUCUUUCUGCCCCUCUGCAGAGACAUUUCUCACAGAAAUGUUUAAUACAGGCAAGUGAUGAUUUACUUUUCCUUUAGUACCACAGAGCCAGGAUUGAAAGCCCAUCUGCCUGUAAAACUCACACCGUAGUAACGCGUCAACUCCAGAGGAUCCAAACCUUUUUGGCUUGUAGUCUCAUGAAUCAUGGUCUAUUCACAAGGGAUGUUCCCUUCUUAGCUUUUUCCUAUUUGGAUAUAUUUUUAAAAACCUAAAAGGGGUGAAAUUUUCCAGUUUUUCACAACAAAAAAGGAAAGGCAGGAGAGUAAAAUAAAAUGUGAGAAAAAAAAUGUCCUCCUCAUAUCUUUUUAAUACACUCAUGACCACUCACAUUUAUCGUGUGUGUGUCACUGUGCCACAUUUUCAUUCAAACAAUAAGGGAACACCGGCUGAUGACUUAUUUGUUGUCUGAGUGUAAACCUGCAGAACCACAGACCCUGUGGUUGACCAGGGUCCACCGCCAAACUGGUACUCUUUCUAGAUACAUGCUGUACCAGGCCAUCUUUUUUAGCCAUAGUUUUUCCGUUAAUGCUAAUACCCUCCUGCAGCGAUUCUAACACAACACAAUGUGCAUAACUCAAGAUGCCAAUUGUCUAUAAAAGACACAGUUUCCAUAAAUAACAUCUUUCAAUGGUACGGCUUAAAGAUGGAAAUUAUGCGUCAUCUUAAUCUUACUCCAACACAAACUAAGGUCUAUUUUACAACAGUGUUUACAAAGACAGAAUACCAAUGUAAGUAAUCCCGUUAAUGUUUCAGAUCACAUUUAAAAUUCAUGUUUUGCUGUCGUCUGUACUUGUUUCAAAGUCUCCCUGGGGUGUUUAAAAAAUACAAAUAAAAAAAAGGGGCCUGUCCCAAACAUAAAUCCCUUUUUUUAAAUUUUAGUUUCACUUGCAUUUGAAUUAUGGAUGGAGCGAUUCAUUCUCUAAUGUGUUUUCACGUGGGUGUUGUAGUACAUGGGCAUCAUGGGAUUAAGGGUCAGCGCAGCAGGUGUUGCCGAUGAACCUUUCAGUCAAGUGCCUUGUUACCUCAUGGAGCUACCCGCCUCUGCGACCAGCAGGCGUACGCAUUAUGUGUACCAUGUGGGACUUGGACAUAUGCCAUGUGUACACUGCGAAGAUGUUCCA